CCGGCCCCAGAGUCGACCUGCUGCUCCCCCUUGGAGAUGGCGGACGUCGAAGCCCCGGGCCGGCUGUGGCUGGAGAGCCCCCCCGGAGGGCCGCCCCCCAUCUUCCUGCCCUCGGACGGCCAAGCCCUGGUCCUCGGCCGGGGCCCCCUGACCCGGGUGACCGAUCGGAAGUGCUCUCGAGAACAAGUGGAGCUGGUCGCAGACCCGCACACCCGGACCGUGACCGUGAAGCAGCUGGGCGUCAACUCCGCCACCGCCGGGACCCAGGUGCUGAAGCCGGACGCGUCGGGCGCCCUGCGGGUGGGGGACACGUUGUAUCUGGUCAACGGCCUCUACCCCCUGACCCUCCGCUGGGGAGAUGGCGCCUCUAACGGGGUGCAGCCCGACCCCCAGCCGGCUCCAAAGAAGAAGAAGGAGAAGGAGGUGGAGCCGGAGCCAAAGCCGGAGCCGGAGCCGGAGCCAGAGCCGGAGCCAGAGCCGCCGAGCAAGCGGGCCCGGACGGCAGCCCCUGGCUGGGUCAGCCUGGACAAGCUGCUGGUGUUCACCGCUGCAGGCGUGGAGGCCCGCGGCAAGGUGGCGGCCUUUGACCUGGACGGGACCCUCAUCUGCACCCGCAGCGGGAAGGUUUUCUCCACGGGCCCCAACGACUGGAAGAUCCUGUACCCCGAGAUCCCGAAGAAGCUCCAGGAGCUGCAGGCUGACGGCUACAAGCUGGUGAUCUUCACCAACCAGAUGGGCAUCGGCCGCGGGAAGGUGACAGCAAAGGAGUUCCAGGCCAAGAUGGAGGCGGUGCUGCGGGAGCUCCGGGUCCCCUUCCAGGUGCUAGUGGCCACUCAUGCUGGCCUGUACCGGAAGCCGGUGACCGGCAUGUGGGACUACUUCUGCGAACAGGCCAACGAGGGAGUGCAAGUGUCCCUGGAGAGCAGCAUCUUUGUGGGAGACGCUGCCGGGAGACCAGCCCUGUGGGCCCCUGAUCGGAAGAAGAAGGAUUUCUCCUGCGCUGACCGCCUGUUUGCCCUCAACCUGGGCCUGCCCUUUGCCACACCGGAGGAAUUCUUCCUCAAGUGGCCUGCAGCUGCCUUCGAGCUCCCAGCCUUUGACCCGAGGACCGUGUCCUCGUCGGGCCCACUCUGGCUCCCCGAGUCCAGCUCCCUCCUGAGCCCCGACCCGGAGGUGGUGGUCACCGUGGGAUACCCGGGGGCUGGGAAGUCCACCUUCACCCAGGAACACCUCGUGUCUGCCGGCUACGUCUACGUGAACAGGGACACCCUGGGCACCUGGCAGCGCUGCGUGGCCGCCUGUGAGGCUGCCCUCAAGCAGAAGAAACGGGUGGUCGUGGACAACACCAACCCUGACGUCCAGACCAGAGCCAGGUACAUCAAGUGUGCCCAGGACGCAGGCGUGCCCUGCCGCUGCUUCGUCUUCGGCGCCAGCCUGGAGCAGGCGCGCCACAACAACCGGUUCCGAGAGAUGACAGACUCCAAGCAUUCCCACGUGGCGGAUAUGGUCAUGUACAGCUACAGGAAGCAGUUCAAGGCCCCCACGCUGGCCGAAGGCUUCACAGCCAUCCUGGACAUCCCCUUCCGCCUGCGCCUGAAGCCCCAGCUCGAGCGGCUGUAUUGCCAGUUCUCCGAGGGCUGAGCUGCCCCCCAAUAAAACCUGUUCUUUCCAUACUC